AACAAGCUAUCUCUAUAUAUUUUAAUCUUCUCAUCCUCAAAACAACUAUUAAAGCCACACUCAAAGUUCACUCUUCCAACAAAGAAAAUGGCAAAACAAGAAACAAAACCAAUAAGAUUUGGAAUCCUAGGUUGUGCAGAAAUAGCUAGAAAAGUUUCAAGAGCCAUAAUCCUCUCACCAAACGCAACUCUCUACGCAAUUGGAAGCCGUUCAUUAGAAAAAGCAAAAACGUUUGCAGCUUCAAACAAUUUCCCUUCUCAUGCAAGAGUAUACGGCUCAUACGACGCCGUUUUAGACGAUCCGAACGUCGAUGCUGUCUACGUGCCGCUUCCGACUAGCUUGCACCUUCACUGGGCAGUGCUUGCUGCUCAGAAGAAGAAGCACUUGUUGCUUGAGAAACCAGUUGCUCUUAACGUUGGGGAGCUUGAUAAGAUUUUGGAAGCUUGUGAAGCUAAUGGGGUGCAGUAUAUGGAUGCUACUAUGUGGAUGCAUCAUCCUAGGACUGCAAAAAUGUUUCAGUUUUUGUCUGAUCCUAAUUUGUUUGGUUCUCUCCAAUCGGUCCAUGCGACUUUUUCAUACGGCGUAACUCCAUAUUUUCUAGAAAACGACAUUCGUGUGAGACCAGAUCUUGAUGCACUAGGGGCACUUGGUGACACAGGUUGGUAUUGCAUUAGAGCAAUUUUAUGGGCAUCAAAUUACGAAUUACCCAAAACAGCAAAAGCAUUGCACAAACCAAAAUAUAACGAAUUAGGGGUAAUUUUGUCAUGUGAGGCUUCUUUGUUAUGGGAAGAUAACCGAGUAGCAACUUUCUUUUGUUCCUUUUUAUCAAACAUGACUAUGGAUAUAAUAGCAAUAGGGACAAAAGGGUCAUUGCGAGUUCAUGAUUAUGUUAUACCUAAUGAAGAGAACGAGGCUUUAUUUAGAACAAGUUCAAAUUCUGAUUUUGAUCAUCUUUCUAUUGGUUGGAGUCCUAAACCAAAGGAAACUGCUGUUAAAAGUGAUAUUCCACAAGAAGCACUUAUGAUUAAGGAGUUUGCUAAUUUGGUUAAUGAGAUUAAGUUGGGAAAUUCUAAAGUUGAGAAUAAGUGGGGAAUUAUUAGUAGAAAAACACAAGUGAUUAUUGAUGCUGUUAAAGCUUCAAUUGAUAAUGGUCUUGAGCCAGUUCAAAUUAAGUCAUUAUAGUUUAUUAUAAGUGCGGUUUUUAUUUGUUUAAUUUAGUUUUCAUGUUUUAAAUAAGAAAGUUUCUUGUUGCAAUAGAAGCUUUAAAGUUGGAAUAUCCAUUUCCAUGUUUUAAAGAUUGUAAUAUCUUAUAAUGUUUAUUAUUGUUAUUUACUUUCAAUCAAGGUUUGAAUGCUGAUAAGCUAUUCUGAGUCAUUAAGUUUUAGA